AUGAGCGCCCAGCCGCCGGCGGCAGCGACGCGCACGAAGAAACAAAAUCAUGCAAACAUCCCGUGCCCGAUAGAGGACUGCGCGCGGUUCACGUACGGCAAGCUGCCCGACCACCUCACCAAGAUCCACGGCCUGACCGGGGCGGAGAGGGACGCCCUCAACGAGCAACAGAGGAAGCGCUUCUUCAACGGCGAACUGUGCCAAGUGCGUUACCUCAAAGAGUCCGCCAUUCGCGACCUGUGGGGCUCCGACUACGAGGACCCGCGCAUCAGGGCGAAAAUACAUCAAAGCUACGCGCUGGUCAAGAUCAGAAUAAUACCGCUGUCGGCGACGCAGCGCGCCAGACCGCUGACUGAGCAAGACGCGAACGUGCUAACAGCCUACAACGCUAGGACCGCCCCGCGGCCGGCGCGGGCCCAAAGGCCUAGGACACGGCCGCGCCCCUACCCGCCACCGGAGAGCAGUCCCAGCACUAGUAGAGUGUCCAGCGAAUCCAGCGAAGAGGACAGCGCCAGACCUAAUUCGUUGCCACCGUCACCGCCGCCGUCUUCCCCGUCGCUGCCGCCGUCCCCCGCGCCAUACGAGCUGCAACCGGUCGAGACACGGCUGCGCGACAUAUUCGAUUCGAAAAUCGACGCCGGCUACAAGGCGAUAAUCGACGAUAUGAAGAAAUCGAUGACAAUGGGCAGGAAACUCGGAGCGAGGAAGAGGAAAGCGUACCGCACUUACCGGCGGUACGCGAAGCGCUUGAUCUCCUACCUCCACAGACAGCACUCGCCGCUCGCCUACGACGUGGACGUGCUGUUGUGCGGCGAACGGCAGGUCUGCGGUUUCCUGGAACGGAUAGGCAGUGAGCACAAAGCGAAAACGCUGAGGAACUACAUAGUGGCCGCUAUCAAGCUGCUGGACUCGCGCCUCUUCGCGAUAGAAACGGACCCCGCGUGCAAAGAGAAGGUCGCCUCCAUGUCACGUGUGUACGACGUCCUUCACGGUCGCCUCAAUGAGUGUGAUCAAUUGCUGGCGCAGAAAGGAUCCAGCGCAAACGAUACCUCGAAUUUCGACAGCGACGAUAUGCAACAAACCUUCAAUUCGAGCUACGAAGAGUUGGUU